CAAGUACCAUAAAACUCUUACAAGAAAAACAACAACAACCAAGUUUUAAUUCAAGCCAUUUCCUGCCGCGCAUAAACUGUGAAAAUGCUGUGUUCAACGUCACUGUAAUGACCGUCAUGACACCAUUCAUACCAAGACAAUGGACACCACAAGAACAAAACACAACUGCGUGACUUAAUUAGGUUUGAGCACUAGUUGGGCUACAGAAUGUCUCGAUAUAGAUAGUGGGACGGAAUCUCAGAUACUUUGAGUAGGAUAUCAUUUUAUUUUUAUUUUUUAUUACUGUUUAAUUUUUGGUGGGGAAGGGGGGGGGGGUUCUGGCAGGUGGCUCCUGAAGUGUCCGGUGAAGAGAUAGACACUAUUUGGCUUGUACAGCUGAGUUGUAUGAAAAUGCGAUACAUGUUUUGUGUUUCUUAAAAACAUUAUCAGUUAAAAAAAUUAAUUUAAACAUUUGUUAAAAAUAGAUGUACAUUGUAGCUAGUCGCACUGUGUUUAACAAAUACUUGUAAUUCACUAUGUAUUCGCUUCUAUUUCGCCUCUGCUUUUUCCUGAACAGCAAGCAAGAGGCAUAUAUGAGGGAAUCUAUCGCUGCUGUUCAAGUCGCGAGAAUGUGUGUGGCCUUGAAACUGGUUUUUUACAUCGGCCUGAUUUCUCCAUCGUCUUUGAUUUUAGCUUCGACCUACAAUGAUUCUGUUCGUCUCUAUGCGGACAUUCUUAAACCGUUUGACAAAAGAAUACAGCCAGUGAGAAACCAGUCAGAGCCCAUCACAGUUUACUUCCAAAUGUUCCUUAUCAACAUACUGAACAUCGACGAAGUCACACAGCGCGUCGACUUAAACGCGUGGAUCAACUUCUCAUGGGUGGAUGAGCUUCGAACUUGGAACCCCAGUGACUAUGAUGGGAUCUCGGCGAUCCACCCACUGCCCCUGGACACUUGGAGGCCCAGGACUCUCGUGAUCAACUCAGUGGCCAAACGAGACGUGUUCGGGGAUGACUACUCUCCGCUUUACAUUUUGUCUGAUGGUAGGUCACAGUGGCUUCCCGGAACAAUCUUUUCCAUUUCCUGUGAUAUUGACAUUCGGUAUUAUCCCUUUGACAGUCAGACGUGCUCUAUGUCCAUAAUGACACACGACCUCGCUACAGAUAUCAAGCUUUAUCCAGACCCCUCGACCGUGAUGACCGGCAACUUCAAGCGGAACGGAGAGUGGGACCUAGUGAGCACCCGAAUCACAGCAUCAUCGCCAUUGUUCACCGAUGUGGCCUUCUCGAUCGUGGAAAUAAACAUAGUUCUAAAGCGUAAGCCGGUGUUUUUCGUGGUCAAUAUUUUGGUCCCGACGAUGUUCAUAUCAGCUAUCUCCUCUAUCGUGUUUAUUCUCCCGGAAGACAGCGGCGAGCGGGCAUCUUUUGCAAUCACAGUGUUGUUGUCGUUGUCUGUGUUUUUGAGCACGGUGUCCAGUCAGCUCCCACAAAACUCGGAAAACUUCCCCAUUAUCAUCAGUUACCUCUUUUCUUUGCUAGUUCUCAACGGCACCACUGUCUUCGCCGCUGUCGUACACAUGCAGUGUCGCCAAAAGAAAAAGGAGUCAACUCCAGACUCUGCCAGAAAUGACUCACACCAUGAUGGGCCUGUGGUGUGUGCUAGACUCAAGGGACACUUUCAGGACGGCAGUGUAUCACCGGCAUGGGGGAGUGGAGAGCAACAAUUGGCGGUCAAUCCUGGUGAGGUCAAUGUUGGCCAAUCUUUUAUAAAACAGGACACUGAACAAAGGAAGACUUCUCUCAAUUCAGAUGAUGAUGUGGCCCUGACAAGGGAGACAACAACUGGUCACUUCAAACAGGUGAAUGACUCUCACGGAAACUCAAUUGUGAUGGCAUAUCUUAAGAAUUCCAAUGUACUGCUGUUUGUCUUUAUCAAUACUGCAUGGCUGAUUUUAACAAGUUACUUUUUAGUCGAGUUGAUAUAUCAAUGAAGCUCACACAUUUGACGAAGUCAACCCCAGGAACUCCAUAGCUGUAAAUGAUUGUAAAUAUUUUACGCCCCCAUCAAUAUGAUUUUUAUCAUUUCGAGGUGCGCUGCUUGGAUUCUGUCUACCAAAACCAACUCGGGCUGAAUGGGAUAAAGCAUCCAAACAGAUAGUGGGAACUUUCCUACACGACCGCCCAUUGUCGAAAAGAGUGGUCGUCUUAAACAGGUGAUCCUUUUGGAUAGUGUCACUGUAAUAUAGAUUUUUAAAACGCAAGAGAGAAGUUGGAAAAGGUCGUUUGUAUAGUUUGAAUGUCCUGGACAGGUGAUCGUUAGAGCUGGUUGUACUGAAUUUUUCUUUUGCAGGAAUCGAAUCCAUGUCUUUUGCUGACAAUGGCUAAGAGUCUGAUCCGGAAGCCGUUCUCUUAUUCUUCAACGCUGCUCACUAAUAAAUGAAGAAAAAAUCCCUAAUAGACGAAAGUGGUUGGCCUAGUACUAGUAUGUCAUCCCUAGGCGGUCGUUACGUUUUGCUUUUCUGUCUAGUUCCAUACAGAGUUGCAAGAAGCCACCAGUCUGGCUUUCUGGGACAAUGGGGAUAUGUUCUGCUGUAAUUUAUUGUUGUGAGCCUUUGGAAUUUUCUUCUUUUUUUUUUUGGAGGGGGUAUCUAAUUAAAUCGAUAGUACUCCAAAGUGACUACAACAUUGUGUUAAUAGCAUUCAUGUGACCCUCUAUUCUUAUUUAUUCCGUUUUCUGCACCCGUCUGCUCCCUGAUGAUAUCCGCCCACCUUCUUUCUGGUCUUCUUCUUCAUCUU